GGGCAGCGGCGAGGGCCACGAUGACAGAUUACGGCGAGGAGCAGCGCAAAGAGCUGGAGGCUCUGGAGUCCAUCUACCCCGACUCCUUCACAGUAUUAUCAGAAAAUCCACCCAGUUUCACCAUUACUGUGACGUCUGAAGCUGGAGAAAAUGAUGAAACUGUCCAGACUACCCUCAAGUUUACAUAUAGUGAAAAAUACCCAGAUGAAGCCCCUCUUUAUGAAAUAUUCCCCCAGGAAAAUCUAGAAGAUAAUGAUGUCUCAGAUAUUUUAAAACUAUUACCAUUACAGGCAGAAGAAAAUCUUGGUAUGGUGAUGAUCUUUACUUUAGUGACAGCUGUGCAAGAAAAAUUAAAUAAAAUAGUAGAUCAAAUAAAAACAAGAAGAGAAGAAGAAAAGAAACAAAAAGAAAAAGAAGCAGAAGAAGCUGAAAAGCAAUUAUUUCAUGGCACUCCAGUUACAAUUGAGAAUUUCUUAAGUUGGAAAGCCAAGUUUGAUGCAGAACUCUUGGAAAUUAAAAAGAAACGAAUGAAAGAAGAAGAGCAAGCAGGAAAAAAUAAAUUAAGUGGGAAACAGCUAUUUGAAACAGACCAUAAUCUUGACACAUCUGAUAUCCAGUUUUUGGAGGAUGCUGGAAACAGUGUGGAGGUAGAUGAGUCUCUGUUCCAGGAAAUGGAUGACUUGGAGCUAGAGGAUGAUCCGGACUAUAAUCCUGCUGACCCAGAGAGUGAUUUGACUGACUAAUGGACUGUCCCCAUGUGCAGAGCGGCGUGACUGCCACAGCAUCUGUGGCUGUGCUGAGGUGUUGAUUUUUCUUUCUUUUUUCUAAGAGAAAAUAAUUUUCAGGAGAAUAUUCUUCUGAUAGCUUUCAUCAUUGAACUUAAUAAACCGACCUUAAAAUUUCAAAAAA